GCUUGGUGCAACUCUCACCUGAGGAAAGCCGGGACGCAGAUCGAGAACAUCGAGGAGGACUUCAGGGAUGGACUGAAACUCAUGCUGCUGCUGGAGGUCAUCUCAGGGGAACGUCUGGCCAAACCAGAGAGAGGCAAAAUGAGAGUUCACAAAAUCUCCAACGUUAACAAAGCUCUGAACUUCAUCGCCAGUAAAGGAGUGAAGCUGGUUUCUAUUGGAGCUGAAGAGAUUGUAGAUGGGAACGCUAAGAUGACCCUGGGGAUGAUCUGGACCAUCAUUCUCCGCUUCGCCAUCCAGGACAUUUCUGUGGAAGAGACCUCGGCCAAAGAGGGCCUCCUGCUGUGGUGCCAGAGGAAGACCGCUCCCUACAAGAACGUCAACAUCCAGAACUUUCACAUCAGCUGGAAGGACGGUCUGGGUUUCUGCGCCCUCAUCCAUCGACAUCGACCAGAGCUCAUCGACUACGGAAAGCUGCGUAAGGAUGAUCCCAUGACCAACCUGAACACGGCCUUCGACGUAGCGGAGAAGUACCUGGACAUUCCCAAAAUGCUGGAUGCAGAAGACAUUGUAGGCACGGCCCGUCCGGACGAGAAGGCCAUCAUGACCUACGUCUCUAGCUUCUACCACGCCUUCUCAGGAGCACAGAAGGCAGAGACGGCAGCUAACAGGAUCUGCAAGGUGCUGGCUGUCAAUCAGGAGAACGAGCAGCUCAUGGAGGACUAUGAGAAGCUGGCCAGUGAUCUGCUGGAGUGGAUCCGCCGCACCAUCCCCUGGCUGGAGAACCGGCUGCCUGAGAACACCAUGCAGGCCAUGCAGCAGAAGCUGGAGGACUUCAGAGACUACCGCCGGCUCCACAAGCCCCCCAAGGUGCAGGAGAAGUGCCAGCUGGAGAUCAACUUCAACACCCUGCAGACCAAGCUGCGGCUCAGCAACAGGCCCGCCUUCAUGCCCUCCGAGGGCCGGAUGGUGUCGGACAUUAACCAUGCAUGGGGAGGUCUGGAGGGGGCGGAGAAGGGCUAUGAAGAGUGGCUGCUCAACGAAAUCCGUAGGCUGGAGAGACUUGACCACCUGGCUGAGAAGUUUCGUCAGAAAGCUGCGAUUCAUGAAGCCUGGACUGAAGGAAAGGAGGAGCUGCUGCAGAAGCUGGACUACGAGACGGCCUCUCUGUCGGAGAUCAAGGCCCUGCUGAAGAAGCACGAGGCGUUUGAGAGCGAUCUGGCUGCACAUCAGGACCGCGUGGAGCAGAUCGCAGCCAUCGCUCAGGAGCUGAACGAGCUGGACUACUACGACUCCCCCAGCGUGAACGCUCGCUGUCAGCGGAUCUGUGAUCAGUGGGACGCCCUGGGAGGCCUGACCCAGAAACGCAGCGAGGCUCUGCAGAGGACAGAGAAGCUGCUGGAGACCAUCGACCAGCUGUACCUGGAGUUCGCCAAAAGAGCUGCACCGUUCAACAACUGGAUGGAGGGUGCCAUGGAGGACCUGCAGGACACCUUCAUCGUCCACACCAUCGAGGAGAUCCAGGGGCUGAGCACAGCCCACGAGCAGUUCAAGGCCACCCUGCCAGAGGCCGACAAAGAGCGCCUGGCCAUCCUGGGCAUCCACAACGAGAUCGCCAAAAUCGUGCAGACGUAUCAUGUGAACAUGGCCGGCACCAACCCCUACACUGCCAUCAACCCCCAGGAGAUCAACGCCAAGUGGGACAAGGUCCGGCAGCUGGUGCCUCGGCGCGACCAGGCUCUGAUGGAAGAACACGCCCGGCAGCAGAACAACGAACGUCUGCGCAGGCAGUUCGCCAACCAGGCCAACGUCAUCGGGCCCUGGAUCCAGACCAAGAUGGAGGAAAUUGGACGCAUCUCCAUCGAGAUGCAUGGCACCCUGGAGGACCAGCUGUCUCACCUGCGCCAGUAUGAGAAGAGCAUCGUCAACUACAAGCCAAAGAUCGACCAGCUGGAGGGGGAUCACCAGCUCAUUCAGGAGGCGCUCAUCUUCGACAACAAGCACACCAACUACACCAUGGAGCACAUCCGUGUGGGCUGGGAGCAGCUGCUCACCACCAUCGCUCGCACCAUCAAUGAAAUUGAGAACCAGAUCUUGACGCGAGACGCCAAAGGCAUCAGCCAGGAGCAGCUGAACGAGUUCAGGGCUUCGUUCAACCACUUCGACAGGGACCACUCGGGUACUCUAGGGCCGGAGGAGUUCAAGGCGUGCCUGAUCAGCCUGGGCUUCGAUAUCGCCAACGAUGCACAGAAGAGAACCGGAGUCAUGGAUGCUGACGACUUCAAAACCUGCCUGAUCUCCAUGGGUUACAACCUGGGGGAGAACGAGUUCUCCCGCAUCAUGAGCGUCGUGGAUCCCAACAGGAUGGGCUCCGUCACCUUCCAGGCCUUCAUCGACUUCAUGUCCCGCGAGACGGCCGACACGGACACAGCAGACCAGGUCAUGGCGUCCUUCAAAGUUCUGGCUGGGGACAAGAACUACAUCUUAGCCGAUGAGCUGCGUCGGGAGCUGCCCCCGGAUCAGGCCGACUACUGCAUGGCCCGAAUGGCCCCCUACACCGGGCCCGACGCUGUCCCCGGAGCCCUGGACUACAUGUCCUUCUCCACAGCUCUGUACGGAGAGAGCGACCUCUGACCUCUCAGUCCUGACCAUGGUGCCCCCCCAGUUACAUUUUGUAUGUUUCGGGCCUUAUCCUCCUCACUCUGUCGCUUCUCAACGCAGCUGCUCUCCAGUUUACAAAGAGGGAGACGUCUUUCUGUUUUGACUUGUUGUUUUUCUGCAAAAAGGAAUAAAGUAAACAUAUUUUAUUAUACUGAACAAAAAAUAAAGUAUUUUUCUUCACCUG